CUCCAGUCUCCACCACCACCAGCGCCACCACCGCACCGGUUCCGGCGAUCUCGUAGGCCUCGAAGGACGACCCUCGGAAGGAACAAAGGAAGCGAGAAGAUGAGUUCCGGCGGCGGCAGGGGCAAGCCCAAGGGCACCAAGGCGGUGUCGCGGUCGUCCAAGGCCGGGCUGCAGUUCCCCGUCGGCCGCGUCGCGCGCUACCUCAAGACGGGCAAGUACGCCGAGCGCGUCGGCGGGGGCGCGCCCGUCUACCUCUCCGCCGUCCUCGAGUACCUCGCCGCGGAGGUGCUGGAGCUGGCCGGCAACGCGGCGCGCGACAACAAGAAGAAUCGGAUCGUGCCGCGCCACAUCCAGCUCGCCGUGCGCAACGACGAGGAGCUCAGUAAGCUGCUCGGCGCCGUCACCAUCGCCGCCGGAGGGGUGCUGCCCAACAUCCACCAGACGCUGCUGCCCAAGAAGGCCGGCGGCAAGGGCAAGGCCGACAUCGGAUCCGCCUCCCAGGAGUUCUAGCCGGCGCCGCCGCGGAUGGCCUGCCUCCCUCCGUCCGGGCCCGGCUUUAGUCGGAGCCGCCGAUGAUGCUGCGGCUUCUUCUUGGUUCACCAGUAGCGGUUCUAGUGUCUCGCUUAGGCUAGGUUAGGUUUUGCAAUGGAUGGCUCAUCAGGGGAAGUUUGCUGUAUCUAUGAAUCAGUCUUGCUGGAAUGGAUGAAAUGGUCGGUUGCUGUUGCUUGCUA